GAUCAUGCACCACUAAAGAGGAUUUAUUCUUCCUCUAUUCAGAAUAGAUAGUCGGGCAGAACUCAACGAGGAGAUAUCAAUUGUGAAAAGGGGUGCCAUCACCGAGACAAUGUCAUCUGACGCAGCUGGCGACGCAACCAUUGAAUGGUUUGGGGCAACAACCUUUCGUUUGAAAGCGAAGGGAUUGACUAUUUUCCUGGAUACCUGGCUCGACCGACCUGAGAGCCUACCUAAGUACCUAUCUAUUGACGACGUCAAUGAAUGCGACUAUAUUUUUGUUAGUCAUGCCCACUUCGACCACCUCCCAGGUACGGACCGCCUAGCUAAAAGAACCGGUGCCUUGGUUGUCGGCAACGGGGAAGUAAUCAAUGUGAUGCGCGAUGCCGGAGUUGCAGAUGCACAGCUCAUGGCAGUUGCCGGAGGGGAGCGCAUUGCAUUAUUCACUGCUGACCAGAGAAAGGAAGCCAUUGUCCAAGCGAAGGCUGCGAUGGAGAAAUUGGCACCUGGUCAGCCACCUCCAGGACCUCCAGGUCCACCUAUGCCGCCUUCCUCAGAUGCGGUGAUGGCAGUCCAUAUAUACCCAUCAUUACACUGCCUCAUGCCCCCUGGCGAUCACCGGUCCAUACCAGAAAUGAUCGACUCUGGGACUAUCUAUACCGGAUCGUCUCCUUUUGCAUGUACUGCAGAUAUCACGCGCGCCUUGACUUAUGGUUUAGGGGGCCUGAUGAGACUGCCUCAGCUGCCUCCUGCGAUACCUGAAGAUAUGCAGAUUUUCCUAAGCUAUCUCAAGGACACUUCGAGCAACAAACAUUCAUUCUAUGAUGGCGGCCAGCUUCUCUACAACUUUUUGCUAGGGGAAAAGACGCUGUUAUGGAAUGGACACCUUGGGGAAAUCGAGCCGCAACCUGAUAUUGCCAUAUUAGGAAUUGCUGGACGGGCAAAUCUCAACGGCCGCCCGUACGACGGCUCAGCUGCGCAAUUUGCUACCGAAGAAAUCAAGUGGCUGGGGCAACCGGACAAGGUCAUCUGGUGCUUGCAUGAUCAGGCCCCUCUAAAUCCAAAAUAUAUUGAUACUGAUGUAGCCACCUCAACGGUUGAGCGUGAGACUCGAAGCCGAGUGCUCACACUGAAGCCUGGCGAAGUACAUAAAUUAUUUGCGUCCAAUUCAUAGCUACGAGUAUUUAGU